AUGGCCAAGGACGCCGACGCCACCUCUAGUGGCACACAUCAAGUAUCGGUGUCAAUAGUUGACCAAGAGGCUGUGAACUCUGGGAAGACAACGCAAGAUGGAGCUAAUGCCGAGGGAGAUGCGUCAUCACCACGUAUGGAUCAUUCCUUCCAUCCUACAAUAGGGCUCUCUACGGAGGACGUCAACCAACGUAUCAUUACAUUAAUAACGGAAUCACUGCAAAAACAUGAGGAACACGCGACCGGUCGUUCGUACCUUGAGCCGCUCCUCACAAAAGACUUGUGUUUCGGCACGAUCGCAUUUAUCGGGAUCUUCACGGUGCUCCUCGCCGAAAAAAAUCACGGUAGAACCACGUGUUUCGUUUACCUCGUUUUCCUCCUCGCGUGGCUCACCCUCAAUGCGUUUGUCAAAAUAACAACCAAACGUAUAAGGAACGCAAGGGUUGCAGAACGGGUGAAGGAUGUCCUAAACUCUUUCAGCAAUGAUAUUGUGGCGUCAUUGCACGCAGAACUGGAACAAAAAAGGUUUGCAUUCGAUCCUGCAAACUCGGUACUAAUACCAGUCUACCGAAACAGAGAGUGGAAGAGGUUACCCUCAAAUGUAUUGGUUUUGGGAGAUGUAUUCAAACUGAAAAAAGGAGAGAUAUUCCCAUGUGACUGUCGGCUUAUCGUUAGUUGUGAUUCGGAUGGGAAUUUGAAGUUAGGCGGGCAGUUGCUCAAAUUUGGAGAUGUAUGUACCUAUAUUGGUGAACCAAAGCCCAAUGUAGAGUUUAUAGACGGGUCGUUUGUUGCACAAAGUGAUGCUAUGGUCCCACAACUACAGGCAUUUCUAGAUUGCAAGAGAUAUGGCAACCCAUUUAUCAACCUCAGUGGUGAACGCAAUAUUUUCGAGCCUCCGAUACAUGGAAACGGAGAAACAUACAAGAACUCGGUAUGGGAUCUCAGUGACAGUACCUAUUUCUCUCGUACACAUAUAACAACCAUCGAGUUUCUGGUAUAUAUUCUACUCAGUGUUUUUGUGGCACUGGCACAUGUACUCACCAACGAAUCUGGUGCGUGGAGAAAUACAUUAUUCGUGACAUCGACCCUAUUUGUCUGUUUUGCCUUCCCGGGGUUCGAGCCCCUGGUACAACUGGCGGAUAUUUGGGGAAACGUCAAGCUACAGAGUCUAUUCAAUUGGUACAAUGAGAAGAGGCUUACAGUGGACAUCUGUCCACAACUCUCCAGCUCAAGCUCAUCGUCACUUAACGGAUAUUCGAAAGCGGGAUCCGUAGACAGUGAUAUGGAUGCUAACAAGAUACCGUUAGUAAAUCACUUGAAAGAACUUCACAAAGUCAUGAAACGUGGUCUAGAUAGUGCAGGUAGUCUCUUAAAUGUCCUGUCAUCCGUCACGCUGCUCUGUUUUGUGGAUGACGUCGGGCUGCUCACUGAAGGUUGUGCUACUCUUCAGGAGAUUGCCAUCAUCAAGGGGAAUUAUGUUGACAGUGGUGUCCCUCCAAGGUCAGAAUGUGACUUAUCCACAGACAUUGAAGAGAAAUUUGAACCACAAAGGACGUUUGAGGCACUGCGGACAUUUGAAACACAGAGGACAAUAGAAACGCAAAGAACCUUUGAAGCUCAAAGAACCAAACCUAUGUUAACAUAUGAAGAAUCGUUGGAUUUUAAUGAAACCGGAGAUGAGUUUUUCCGGGAACCAUCACAAUGUGGUAUAUCCACUACGGGCAAUGAGCACCUGGUUAUAUUGGACAUAUAUUCCGAUUCCUCACAAUUUGGGAAACAAUAUGUUAGAUUCAAUAAUGAAGAUGAACGUGCGUGUCGACCUCAACUGUUGCCACUGUCAUUUGCAAUGUCCGUUACACAGUUCCCAAGAUACCAGCCGCCUUCACUAUUCAAGCUACCACCUGAGCUCAUUUAUACAUAUGUAGGGAUUUUUGCGAAUGGAGAUUUUCAAGAUUUUACCGAUUGUCUCUGCACAUUCACGGGGUCUGUUGGACUAAAACGCUCUUUUAGUAGAAGGUUCCGACUACUGCGUUUUGUAGUACUUAUAGAUGAAGCUCACGAGCCUGAUGGCAAACUCUUACUAUUCUUUAUGCGUGACCCUAGGAAACAGAUUGUACAAUUAUUCGCCAAGGGCAAACUUGAGAUGCUACUGGAACGUAACCUAAAUUACCAUAACCAUCAGCAAGGUAAAAUAUUAGGAGUAAGCCGAUUAAUGAAGCGGAAAUUGAAAGAACUUAAUAUGCAAUGGGUUUCUUCAGGUAUGCGCUCCUUCGCAUAUGCAUAUAAGCCUAUACAUCUUGAUGAAUUCAACAUGUUGAUGGCACACCUUGACGCCACUACGGUGUUUAAUGUGAAGGCCGGCAAAUACGAAGGUCGCCGUAAACGAAGAUAUAUGUAUCUUGAAAGUGCUACUCCCAUCAGUAUGCAAUUUGGAGGGGAAUGUAUAUACAGCUGGUUCAAGCAGUUGAAGAAACACGACCAUAACGGCCUUGUCAGUGAACCAUGGUAUAGUGUAUCUAGGAUUACCAAAAAACGUAUAAUCAAAGGGUGUGUUGGUGAUAUGGUGAGUGCUUGUUUGAAAAACACUAUAUUACUUGGAAUGUCGGCAAGUAAACGGCUGUAUCCAAAAGAGGUCCCAAGUCGUAUCCAGUCAUUUCAUGAGGCUGGCGUACGUUUUGUAUACUUCAGCAAACAUGACGAACGACAAACUCGUGUGGUUGGUGCUCAUCUGGGCCUGGAAACAAGUUGGAACUCGAUGAUAAGUUUAGAUAAUUCGGAAAGGUCAACUUAUAUCAACCAGGAGGGCAACGUGGUAUUGCCAAGUGGUAUAGAGAAUAUUAAGCGUCAUAUUGAAGAAGUUGAUGACAUUCCACUUCAAGUGUCGUUAUUUGCCAAUUGCAAAACCGGAAACACUGCCGAGAUGUUACGUAUAUUGAGGAACAAUGGAGAAACUAUCAUGUGUAUCGGCGGGGGUUUACGCCCAUCGAAUUUUUAUGUAUUCCGUGAAGCGCACAGCUCGGUAUCUGUUGCCCAAGGCUACCAUCCAGUGUGUCGUUUCUGUAGAGGUAAACGUUGGAGCGGUGUAGCUCGUGCACAUAUAUUUGAUGAGGCUUUACCGGAGAUGAAACUUUCUGCGGCACUCACUAGUCUCCCUUGUGACCUUCAGACAUCAUCCAUGUAUAAAGUGGCAGAUCCAUAUUUUGUCAUGGAGAUGCUUUAUGAGGUGUUUCGUGUUGCAAGGCAUGUAUCUACAAACAUCCAAGAGGCGGCAGCAUUUCUUAAAUUGGCAUGUCAUUCUCUGGCUUGGCUACUGUUUUUGCAAUCAUGUGUAGGUCUAUCUGAGUUCAUUCGUCCAAUGGAUUUUGCCAUCACAUUAUUUGUCUACGUACCUAUGAUCGCUGUGUCAUUGCUAUCUAACCCUGCAGACGAGAACAUCAUGCAGAUGCUCCCAAAUAAAAUACGAAGGGAAGAACUGAGAAUGAAAACCAAGAGCAUGCUCCGCACAUACCCGAGGCUAUGCCUAGUCACAACACUGACAGCGGCAAGCUACUGUCUCUCUUUGAUUUUCGUCAGCCGUUCUGUUCGUGAGUUGUUGCUUACCAAAGGUCUAGAUCUCAACUUGGGUUCAUGCGAAUUGCCAUUACACAUCCCGCUGCGGUCAUGUCUGACUAAGCUGCGUGAUGCUAUUUCUGAACACCAGAUUGAACUGAAAGAUACAGGGAUAGUGUUGCAGCCAGAUACACCACGUCAACUGGCACAAAUAUGUGCUUCGGUACUUCUGGUGCUGUAUAUGCUCACUGCGUCAACUUCAUGGAUCGAUAAAUAUGGUGAUGGAGGUACUGGGUCCUGGUGUAAUACCAAGUGGUUGUUGAUGUCGUUCACCGUGCUGGUGAUGCAUCUACUCGUUGCUACACUGCGUAUCUACCUAUGGGAGAUAUCAACGAUUGAAUUACAGAUGUUCUUCCCACUGAAGGUCUUGUUAAUUGGUACCGGGCUAGCACUAGUGAUAGUGUUGUUUGAUCAACUUAUCAAAUUACAGAUGCGUCGUGAUCGCAAUAUCGAACAAAAGUUUUUACGACUGUUAUUUGCUACACGUUUAGGAAUGUGGAGCCCCAAGUAA